UCCGGAUUGUUCGUUAGAUCUUCUGUUGUUAGGGUUGAUACAGCCUCCCCACGCUACACUCCAUCUAUCGCCUCACCUCUUCUGAUCCCUCUGUGCUUGUCCAGAUCUCCAGGUCCGCUACAACGAAUGAAUUGAUCCACGUUACUUGCCCCGCGCAUGCGGGAGACGAGACAUGGUCUCAGUCGAAUCUACCUUGACGCAGACGGCAUCUGCAAUCUCUGGCCUGCCCUCGGUGUCGGCAGAGUUGACUUCAACAGGACUGAAGACCGCAGCCUCCAAUGUGACCUCCUUCUUUGUUUCGCCAUCCUCAAAGGAACUCCUCCGCAUUCCUCUGCAGAUCGUCUCCCAAGUCGAGGAGACCUUCCUCAACCUCUGGAACACUCUCACUCUCGAAAGUCUUGGAAGACAUACAUUCUUUGGGGCAGGAGCUGCUGAUCACGCGGCUGGCACAGGAGCACAGGCAAUGGCGGACGCCGCCGCUCAAGCCGGUGCUGCAGCGCAGGCAUUUGGAGAUACCGGUCCCGCGAGCUGGGCAGCAUUCUUCGCAGAAGCAUUCCAAGCCAGUACUUUUAAGAGCUAUUGGGGCAUGUUACACUACAUCACAUCAAGAUGGGCAUUCACGUGCUUUGCCAUGGCCCUUAUCCUCAACCGGAUAGGUGUCUAUGGCGCUUCGAGACAGCGUAUCUAUCUCAACUGGGCCAAGAGACUGGCUCUACGCAUCUUGCCCAUCCUGCUUUUCAUCUCGCAGAUUCACCAGCUCUUGCAAGCCAUUCGAUGCCAGACCUCUCCUGAUUUUUCGCUAUACCGACAUGGGGAUAACAACAAGUAUAGUCUGCUUGACUGGUCAAAAGAUGGUGGUGCACUCCAUACUGUGAGCUCUGCUCUCCUGUUCCGGUCUACAGAUGCAGACGCUUGCGCUGCGGUCGGUAUGAGCAGACCAUCCCCGGAUGUACGAGCACCCCGUGGUUCCUUCUCCUUGCUGUGGCCAUCGUUCCUGCGAUUGAGCUUGUCUCAUAUCGUGGAGAGUCUGUCGUGCUCAUUGCAGCAAAUGCCGGCUAUGACUGAGGUUGGCAUGUCGGUUUUCGAGCACUCAUUGGCGUUCGCAGAGGCUGAGACGGCACUCUCCCAUACUCUUGGACUUGGUCUUUUUGGCUCCCCGAAAUCCACCGAUAGCAAUCAUUCGAAUGCCACUGUUGGCAAUCCUCAGCCAACCAUUCCGGCAUCAGGAACUAUUCUUGCGUUGGCCGAUGCUACAGCAUCUCUGACUGGACCUCACAUCUUGGACCGUAUCAAUGUCCCUGUGGAAGUACUAUUGGUGACGCUACUGUCGUGUGGAAACUCCAUGACUUCCCAUGUCAUCGCUGUUUUAGGCAAGCAGCGUCAAUGGCGUCUCGUCCACACCGGAAUUUGGGCCAUGGCUUUCAUGGCGUCCUUUGUCUGGGGUCUUUUCAGUACAAGCGUCAUGGUUAGGAGCGGUGAUGACGCCGAUGACCGUCCUGUCAGCAGUCUUUUGCAUUUCCCAACCGUGGCAAUUGUUGGGUUUCUACCUCAUAUGGCGAUCUUGUUGGGAAUUGGGGUCUGCUCUAUCAUUUAUCUGGUCGCACUUACUUUCACGGCUGUGUCCUUGGGAACGAAUCCACACAUUCCACAACCCACGAGUCUGAAAGAACGAUUCAGCAUUGCCCAUGACAACCUGCAGGCCGCGGUGCAGACAAGAGGGAUCAACAUUCGAUGGCAUGAGGACUUUUACACGGCACUUCUUCGCGUCGGAUUCGCUGCUUUGACAGCUGCUUCGGAAGCAGUUUUCCUCAACGAAGGUAGAUCGGUCGAAGUGCGCCAAUUCACUUGGCUCGAGGAGGAUAGACUGGACGAGUUUGAAGCUGCAAAAAGUGAAAAGGGGGGAAUAGCAAUGGGCCAACAAUUUCAAAUUCUGGAAGAAUAUGGCCUUCCACCAUCGAGUCCUGGUGGGACCGACAAAGGCGGUCUUUGGGAGUCUGGUUACUCUAGGGAGCGCAAAUUCGAUAAAAAGGAGGGCGAGCUUGAAGCCAAGGACUCUUUCGUCUAUCCGACACCUAGAUCAGGCGGAGUAGGCGCUGUACAGCGGACGACUCGGUUUUACCUUUUGAUGAUUUACCUCCGUGGGAUUAUGUUUCUCAUCUCCGGAUACAUUGGCUUUGGGUUCGGUGUUUUGUUGGAUUCUCUCGGCAUUACUGCUCGACCACGUUGGCUUAAGAGGGUCGUUGGACGGUCACUCAAGAAGAUGAAUGCGGAACGAAAUGUAGCAGGAAAGAGCCGCGUGCUCGACUUCUGGCUGAUCACUGAAGACGGAAAGUUGACAGUGCCCAUUAACGAUGAGAUGGAUAUCGAACCUGAAAUGCGCCGCCGAUUGAUGACCGAAUUUCCCAGCGAGCGGGUCGAUGAACUGCUGGAUUCAAAAUUGUACGAUUGGUGGAAGUCUGGCGGGUGGUUUGGUUCGCGAGACGAAAGCGGUGAUUACCAGCCGCCUCCGCAGGACGAAUUCGACGAUACCACGAGUGUGAUUUCAAUGUCUACCGAGGCCACCACAGACCGAAGUGAAAACGAGGAUGACAAUGAGUGGGAGUCUGAGCCUGAGGGCACAAAGACACCGACUCGGUCAUCUCCUGUACCGACCUGGUCGUUCGCUGGCAUCGAAACCAGCAACUCGACCUCAUUCACCGACACGCCGCUAGAUUCUGCAACGUUAGCAAGGCUCCUUAACCCUCAAGAUCGAGAGUCUCGGGAAGAAGCUCGUAUUCUAGCGGCCCAUCUGGCAAACGCUGUCUCCGACUCUCCUCGCAUCAUGACUCGCUCGCGCUAUCGUCGCGAGUUCGAAAGCGAACGAGCUCGAAUUCUUCUUGCUGGCCGUACCUCCCACGGGCAAUCGACGCAUACACCUACGAUUUCGUUGUACAAUAAUUCAAACAGCACAGGUCCACGACCAUUGACCGCCAUUGAAGAAGCCGAAGUUCUCGAGUCGUUAAUCAUCAGCCGCCGAAAGAGCCGAGCAGCUCUUUCACGUCCAACCCACGCCACUGGUGACGACGAAGACUCAAGACAAGCUGGGCCGUCGUGUGUGGUAUGCCAGACCGCUCCGAGAACCAUUAUUGCUUGGCCCUGCCGGUGUCUGAUUGUAUGCGAGGAUUGUCGAGUGAGCCUAGCAUUGAAUAAUUUUGGUAAUUGUGUGACAUGUCGGAGGGCCGUGCAGGGGUUCGUGAGGCUGUAUGUGCCUUGACCAUGGAGCGUUAAGUACGAGCAAGGAAGACUUCACGCUUCUUCAAUGGACGUAUGAGACGGAUGCAGUAUCGAGUCAUGGAAGAUGCCCAUUGCAGGAGAGGCGAGAAUGGGUCGCAGUAGACUUGUUUAGUAUUCUAGAGCGUUUGUACUGUAUGAAGUAGCCUUGUGAGUUAUACAGAAAGCCCGUUCGAUCAACAUCA